GCAGGGCUGGCAGGUCGCGGUGGAGUUGGCAGCGGAAAAAUGGAAAUUAAAAAAUGCAGGAGUGGCUUUUAUUUCUGGUCUCUGCCAGCACAGGUCCCAGGUUCCUCUCCAUGAGGCAUCCCCAGCUCCCCAAGGUAGCCCCUGCAGAUCCCCCGGCUGGUUAACCAGCUGGUUAACCAUUUCAUAGCUGGCUGAUUAACCUUUUCACAGCCAGGGUCCCUGCUUCCUCUGUACCGGAGCUCUGCAUUGUCUGCCACAGGGCACAUUCACUCUCAGAAAGUCACAGCAUCUUUUUAAUCAGCCAGCGCAUCUCUGUGUGCUGUGCCAGAGGACCUGGACCCCAGGGCCGGGUCCUUCUGCCCCAAAUCCCACAGCCCAUUCCUCUCCCUUUCAGGGCUGGCAGCCUCGUCUCUGACUUCGAGGUACGCAGCAGCAGGGACACAGUGGGGACACAGUGAGGACACAGCAAGGACGCAGUGAGGACACACCAUGGCGCACAGCCGGCUGCCCAACGGCUCCUGGCAGAACGGCUCAGCCCCGCUCUUCAGUGGCCUGGACCUCCUCCUGGAGCUGAAGCCGCUCUUCAUCCCGCUCUACGCCACGCUGGUGGUGGUGGCGUGCACCGGGAACCUCUUCCUCAUCCUCCUCAUCGCGCUCACCAAGAAGCUGCACUGCACCACCAAUUUCCUGAUCGGGAACCUGGCGGCGGCCGACUUCAUCAUGUGCCUGGCCUGCGUCCCCCUCACCGUGUCCUACGCCUUCGAGGUGCGAGGCUGGCUCUUCGGGAUGUUCAUGUGCUACUUCGUCACCUUGAUGCAGGCCACCACCGUCUUCGUGUCGGUGCUGUCCCUCACCGCCAUCGCCAUCGACCGCUACGUGGUGGUGGCGUACCCCAUCCGCAGGAGGAUAAGCCGCAGGUCCUGCGUCUGCCUCGUGGCCUGCAUUUGGCUGCUGUCCAUCAUGGCCUCGGUUCCCACCUCGCUGCACACCCACUACUUGGAUCUCAACACCAUCGGCCACGACAUGAUCAUCUGCGAGGAGUUUUGGAAGCACGAGGAGAGCGAGCGGCUACUGUACUCGUGUUUGAUGCUCCUCUUGUCCUACAUGCUCCCGCUUUUGGCGGUAUCCGUCUCCUUCUGUGCCAUCACCUACCACUUGCGGAGGAGGAACAUCCCGGGCGCUGCCUAUCCCUGCCAGGACAAAUGGACCAAAACGAAGCAGAAGACAUUCCGGGUGCUCACGGUCUCGGUGGUGUGCUUUGCCAUCUGCUGGCUGCCCCUCCAGGUCGUGAACUUCAUCCGAGACAUCGACGAGGAGUUCACCAUCCUGGACAAGAGGUACGUCAACGUCAUCCAGGUCUCGUGUCACCUGAUGGCCAUGAGCUCCGCCUGCUACAACCCUUUCAUCUACGCCUCCCUCCACGACAAGUUCUGGGUCCACCUCAGCAGCUGCUUGUACCGCAAGAAGAAGAGCUCCAGCGUCAUGUCCUGCAAGGCUUCUCGCUUCAACACCUGCUCCACCCUGGCAGAUGCUCCCACUGCGGUCUCGGAAAAGAUCGCUUUGCAGGCUAGAUUGUCUUAACUGAAGGACCUCAAGGGAUCGGCUUCUCUUUUGGACCCCAUGUGCUGUAGGCUGGACACAGGAGCUGGUGGCUGGUCGUGGUGUCGUGGUGGAGGAACACUUCACACCGCCGGUCAGCAGCCCAGUCACACGCAUAAAAUCUGAAUCCUGAACAGGGAAGAAAGUUAAGACGGAGGCAUUACAAACAGAGGAGGAGAUCCCUGAAGGAUUUCCCACUUCCGAGCUAAAAACCAUCUGCACAGGGAGCAGCAGAGCAGCUGGAAGGACACGGCAAUGAAACAAGAGUUUCUUGGCUCUUUGAGUACUUACCCUAUAGCUCAACUCAUGGCUGGGCACGGGGUAUAUACCCUGUAGAUCAACUCACAACUGGGGAUGGGCUAUAUACCCUGUAGUUCAACUCACAACUGGGUAUGGGGUAUAUACCCUAUAGUUCAACUCACAACGUGGUGUGGGGCUUAUACACUACAUCUGGAAUCACAGCUGGGUACAGUAGGUGGCUGGUGCUUUAUCUGGAGCACAACAACUUCCCCCUGCUACUUAUUUAGGAGGCAGGUCAGCUCCUAAACAAGACAAACACACAUCAGGUGCAUUUUAAAAACUCUUUGGAGAGCAUGUGUCUUCAUUUUGUAGGAUAAAGAUUGUUCCUAAGCAACAGAUAGCGCUUUCUGCCUCUGGAAGAACACCAGGUCUCACAGGUAGCAGUUAAAUUGCUGUGCAUUUUUUCUUUUAAAUUGCGGUUCGUUGGUGAAAGGACAAUAUGCAUUAAGAAAUGCGCAUUCCUCGGUCGGAGGCUGUGUGGGAGCACAAGGCCGCCGAGAGCAGACGGCGUGUUUUGAGUGGGGGCGACUUUCAUAGCCUGCUUGACUUGGGGAAAAGCCACCUCAGUAAGCAGGCGGGAGGGUCCAGCGCGUCCAGCCGACCGCGCAGCCGAACAAGCACAGCAGUGGCAUUGUCCCUGUUCUUCGUGGCCGAGCCGGACUCAGGGGAUGGGGCACCCAGGAAGAUCUCACGCAAUGUGCUGGCAGAGGAAGAUGUCUUCAUCUCCACUCUGAGAGCAGACAAAGAUCAUAUAUGUGCAUGUUCAAGCUCCUUGGGUGCAGGUGGGAGCCCUGCCGGUGGGCUGCUCUCACCGAAAAGCUGCGGGGCAAAGGAUGGGUUUGUUUGUUGGGUGCUGUUUGUGUCUUCAGACACUUGGUGCAUCCAGCUGCGAGCUGCUGCCCGUUCACCCUCCCGCUGCCCCCUCUGCGGUGCUGCAAGGACCGUCUUCUGUGGUGCACCCACCAAACGCCGAGUCCCGUGGGUGCUGGUGACCCCCAUUGUGCACCCCAACGCAGCUGAACCCCCUUUGCUUUCUGCAGCUUUCCUGUGGCAGAUGCUGGAUCGCUCGUCCUGGAGGAGCAGAGCAAACCAGAACGUGCAUGGCUUGUC